AUGAAUGGCAUGAAUAUGACAAUCAAUAAGAAUAAUAGCGAUUCGAGCGACACGUUAGACGCCAGUAGUCGCCAAAACGACAGCCCCGUUGCGACCGAUAUGGCGACCCCGCGCUGUCCCGACCCUAAGGUCCAAACGGGAGUGAAUGGUACGGACAGAGCGAAACGAAUAGCCAUUACUGUGGCGAAGAUUACGGCACUUCUGGCCCUCUUAUACCUCUUCAUCUGUUCGCUCGACUUCUUGAGCUCAGCGUUUCGUUUGGUCGGCGGACGGGCCGCCGGACGGAUCAUAUCGGACAGCGAUCUGCUGAGGAAUCCGGUGGUGGGGCUCGUGAUCGGCGUUCUCGUCACAGUACUCGUGCAGUCGUCGUCCACCUCCACGUCCAUCGUCGUCACAAUGGUUGGCUCGCAUUUAAUCAAAGUACGGGAGGCCAUACCUAUAGUUAUGGGCGCCAACAUCGGCACGUCCGUCACCAACACCAUUGUGGCGCUCAUGCAGUCGACCGACCGAAACGAGUUUCGUCUGGCUUUCGGCGCCGCCACUGUUCACGAUAUGUUCAAUUGGCUCACAGUUAUAGUCCUGUUGCCCAUCGAAGUGACCACUCAUUACUUGGAGACUAUCACCGAAGCCCUCAUGACAGGCGACUGGCAAACGGACACCUCGGCCAAUAAGGAGUUCCUUGGUCACAUAACCAAACCGUUCACUAAGCUCAUAAUUGAGCUUGAUAAGAAAGUGUUGGAUGAAAUAGCGAGUGGUCAGGAGUCGGCGAACGCCACGCAAUCGCUCAUUAAAAAAGGCAAUUCACUGUUUUAUAAGCUGGGUAUGAGUGACACGAUCACCGGGGUUGUAUUACUGGUCCUAUCGUUGGUGGUUCUGUGCGGUUGUCUCGUAUUAAUGGUUAAAGUGCUUAACUCUAUGCUU